CCCCUCACACACCCACCAAACCCAUUAAACCAAAGUCUUCAUUCCCUGUUUUGCUUCAAUAAUUCAAUUCCUUUCUUCUUCUUCUUCUUCUUCUUCUUCUUCUUUCAUGGAGGGGCUUAUUCCAAUGGUGUUCAAGGCCAUCAAGAAGAGCAAAAUUCGGAGUCAAUAUGAGUGUCUUUCUUCAGGAAAACCAGAUCAAAGUAAUUACAACAUAGCUGAUUUUUAUGUUACACAAAAUUCUGCGCAUUUCAAUGAACAUUCAAGUGAUUAUGCGAAGGUUGAGGAGAGCUCACAUCACCGGCGACACAAGUCAGUUGGAGAUUUUUAUGGCAAUGCUGGAGGAAUUCAUGAUGGUGGUGGCGGCGGUGGCAGUGGCGGUUCUCCUCAGGUGGCAAAGCAACUCGUGAGGUUUAGGAGCCAUAGAAUGUUUUCUUGUGUUAAAGGUUAAUUCUCGAAUUAAUAUGUGGUCUCAAAUUAAUGUUUUGAUUGGCUUAAUUUUGGUAUAUUAUAACUGGCAGUUUAAUUGUAAUUGUAUAUGGUCUCAAAUUAAUGUUUUGAAGCAAUCUUUUGUUUGGUUUAA